UCUCCUGAGUCCUCUCCUCUCUGCACCUGAGUUCUCUCUACUGACAACAUGGGUUGCUGUGGCUGUGGAGGCUGUGGUGGCUGUGGUGGCUGCGGUGGCUGUGGUGGCUGCGGUAGCUGCGGCAGCUGUGGCUGUGGUAGCUGUGGCUGUGGUGGCUGUGGUGGCUGUGGUGGCUGCGGUGGCUGUGGUGGCUGCUGUGGCUGCUGUGGCUGCUGUGGCUGCUGCACCCCCAGGACGUGCUGCUGCCGCCGCACCUGCUGCCGCUCCUGUAGCUGUGGCUGUGGGAAGGGCUGCUGCCAGCAGAAGUGCUGCUGCCAGCAGAAGUGUGGCUGCAAGAAGCAAUGCUGCUGCUAGGAGACCUGAGCUGGCCAUUGCUGCAGGUGACGUGGUAAGAUUUCCCUCUCGUCCUGCCAGUCCUCUCGGAUUCAAAACACCUGCAGGUAUUUCAUCCAACGUCCCCUGGGCUCUCAGACUCUGAAAACACCCCCAUAUACCUUCUCUAAUCUGAGCAUAAGCCCAGAAAAAAUGGAUUAAUGAUUUUUAAUGCUAUGCUUUGUUGAAAUUUAACUGUUGGGAUAUUUAUUUCUAUUUCUUCCCCUUUAUCUAUAGCUUCUAUGUUCUAUGUUGCAGUGACUAUUUUCUGUUUCUGUAAAUCUAACGAAAUUCUUUCCCCAAUAAACCACAUGAAAUUGGCAUCAAAGAUUCGUCAUUCUCUUCUCCUUUGUCUUAUUUUAAUGUGCCUAAUUAAAAGUGCAAUUAAACCCAGGAAAGGCAAGUUCUUGUGUUUGGUUGAGAUGGUUUUAGGUUAGUUAUGGAUAAUCUGUCCCUGUAAUUCCAGUGGCUAGGGAGGCUGAGGCCAGAGGAUUGUGAGUUCAAGCCACCCUCAGCAAUUUAUCGAGGCCUUAUGCAACUUAGAUAGACCCUGUCUCUAAACAAAAUAUAAAAGAGUUGGGGCUGGGACUCAGUGGUUAAGUGCUCCUGGGUGAAAUGCCUGAUACCAAUUAGGGGUUUUCAACUAUUUUCUUAUAUAAGUCAGAAUAAAGAUCCUGAACCUGAUAUCAAUGAAUAUCAUAUUUCAUCAGUUUCCUUUCACCCUUAGAUUCAAGUUUUCAAAUAGAUUUUAACCUCAGGGUUUAUAGCCAGAUAAAAUACAACACCUAAAGCAAUGUAUCAAUUUAGGUGUUGGUUAUUUUAGUUUGGUUCUGUUAACAGAUUAAAACUUGAUCAUGGUUUAACCAGUUUUUCUUUUUUUUAAAAAAUUCCAUCACCAGAGGGAGAGGGAAGAUGGCGGCGAGGGGAGUGCAUUGCCCCCGUGUGCUACUUCACUGUGUGGGAGUAUGACAAGUCAGGACGGCUAAAGGCUAUCUAGUUAGGAAUUUCCAGCAAUAGUGGGGUGCUCCGGAACCUGGAGGAAGGAUUUCCAUUGCACGAGGAUCGGCUACGGGGACUCAAACGCGAGAGGUUUGUCGCACGGAGGGUAACACUGCUUAUUCAGCAAAUCGCCCCGCGGCUAGAGUCUGCAGCGCGCGCUGGGAAACGAGGAGAUAGCGACGCAGGGACACAGCGCUGCAGUUUCUGCCAGCCGUGCAAGCACCGUACUCAGGGCUGAAUUCUGGGUUCGAGGCGGGGGAAGGAAGCGGUCCAUCUCGGUUCUCCACACCGGUCAGACCACAGAGGAGGCCAGCAGCCACCAUGUUGGAAAGCUGACGUCACCAUCCCUGUUUUCGACUGACCGCAGCUCAUUCAGCCAUAGAACAGGUAAUUUCA